AUGGAGAAGCCAUUUUUCACAGACGGCCGCUGGUAUCAACAACAGCCUCGCCGCUACCCUUUCUCCCCCACCCAUUCGUACGGUGGCGUGCCUGCUCACCAUCUCGAUCCGCUGGAAACCCGCCUUGCCUCCCGGCAGCCGGUCCAGCGCCAGCCGGAGAGAGGGAAAGUAGUUCGGGUUCCGGUUCAGUUCGUCGGAUCGGGACAGGUGGAUCGCUUGGGGUCUGCCGUGAAGAUACAGAAGGUUUUCAGGGGCUUUCUGGUCCGGAAGUGCCUGAAGAAGAUUAAGGACAUCAAGUGUAAGGUGGAUGAGAUCGAGGGGAGGCUGUCGGAGGAGAAAGUAGUGGAUCUUGUUCGUAGGGACGAGAAGGAGCGUUUGAGGAUGAACGAGAGCCUGAUGUCCCUCCUGUUCAAGCUCGACUCGAUUUGUGGGGUGGAUUUUGGGGUUAGGGCUUGCAGGAAGGCUGUGAUUCGCAAGGCGAUAGCGUUGCAGGAGAGGAUUGAUGCCAUCGUGGCCGUUAAUUUCACUGGUAAUUGCGAGGCUGUUGAUCAAGAAGAUGAAAGUGGUGGUGGGGUCGUCUCUGAGGAGAUUCUGAAACCAGAAGAUUCUCCCGAAAGUGCAGUUUUGGGGGAAAAUAACAAUGAGAUGGAAAUUUUGGGGAAUAAUGAUAUUAUCGAUGUUGGGGUGGAUCGUGAGGUGAAGGUGAUCAGCGAAUCGAAUCCUGUUGGCUUUGACAAUGGCUGUGUUUGUGAGAAAUCCGACUUUUCGGUUGAGAAUGGGACACAGGAGAAGGCGAAGGAGGGGCACAAAGUCGAGGACGACGAUAAAAGAAACCGGGAUUUGUUGGAGCGCAUGAUUGAGGACAAUGAGAAGAUGAUGAGUAUGAUGAAGCAGUUGUUCGAGAGGAAUGAGAUGCAGUCGAGGAUGAUUAAUACGCUGACUAACAGAGUGGACAUGUUGGAGAAAGCAUUUGUGUGUGAUGUCAAGUUUAGGAAGAAGAAGAAGAAGAAGGCGGCAGGUGCCGGUGCAAAUACUUGCAGUGAUCAUUGA